UAUUCAUAUAUCUUCCUUAUUUUAUUUGAUAAUUUUUAGAAAAUGGAAGAUAUUUUUCAAUGGUGUCGCGAAGGAAACGCUAUGCAAGUGCGUGUUUGGCUGGACGACACUGAACAUGACAUGAAUCAAGGAGAUGAUCAUGGAUUCAGUCCACUCCAUUGGUGCUGCAAGGAAGGCCACUUAAAAUUGGCAGAGUUGCUAGUUAGCAGAGGAGCAAGAAUUAAUGCUACCAAUAGAGGAGUUGAUACUCCUCUUCAUCUUGCUUCUGCUCAUGGUCACAAGGAAAUAGUUCAACUGUUGCUUAGAAAUCGUGCUGAUGUUAAUGUUACAAACGAGCAUGGGAACACUGCUCUUCAUUAUGCCUGUUUUUGGGGUGACCAACCAGUUGCGGAAGAAUUGGUAGCUGCUGGUGCUCUGGUAUCCAUCGCGAACAAAGAUGGAGAUACUCCUCUGGACAAAGCAAGAGGUCUCCUUGCUAAGAGAUUACAUGACUUAGCUGUAGAAUAUGGACAGGAUUUGAAGAAAAUUCAGUUUAAGGAUCAGAGCUGGUUAGGUCUGAAAACCAGAAGUCGAGAUGCAACACUAUCGAGGCAUAAAGGAAUUAAUAUGGCAGAUUUGUCGUUACAUACUCAUUUAGCGAGUACGCCGAGCGGCGAAACGUGGCGGGGACGUUGGCAGAACAAUGAUAUAGUGGCGAAAAUCUUGAAUAUACGCGAUUGUACCGCGCGCAUUUCAAGAGAUUUCAACGAGGAAUUCCCUAAAUUAAGAAUUUUCUCACAUCCCAAUGUUCUGCCUGUUCUCGGUUGCGUUAAUCAGCCACCGCAGUUAGCUACUGUUUCACAGUAUAUGGCUCGCGGUAGUUUACACAGACUCUUACAUGGGGGUACAGGUGUAGUUGUUGAUACAGCACGAGCAUUGCGAUUGGCUCUUGACAUUGCUAGAGCUAUGGCAUUUCUCCAUGGGCUUGAGAGGCAGAACAGAUGUAGAUUUCAUUUGAAUAGUAAACACAUUAUGAUUGACGAAGAUUUAACUGCUCGUGUAAACAUGGCAGACUCGAAAUUUUCGUUUCAAGAAGUCGGUCGAAUUUAUGAACCAGCAUGGAUGUCACCAGAAGCCUUAAGUAAACGUCCAGCCGACAUAAAUCUCGAAGCCAGUGAUAUGUGGAGUUUUGCUGUACUGCUAUGGGAGCUUGCAACUCGAGAAGUUCCAUUUGCAGAUCUCUCACCUAUGGAGUGUGGCAUGAAGAUUGCACUCGAGGAUCUUCGCGUUAGUAUACCACCAGGGAUCUCACCGCAUCUUGCUAAACUUAUUAGAAUAUGUAUGAACGAAGAUCCUGGAAAACGUCCAUCUUUUGAUAUGGUUGUUCCAAUACUUGACAAAAUGAAACGCUAACUUUUAGUGCAAUAUUUCAUUUCUUUUUUUUUAAUUGUAAAAACAUUGAAAGAAAUACUUCAUUCCUGAGGAAACAUGACGGUUUUAACUAGAAAGGAUUAAAAACUUUAAAAAUGUUCAACGCAGUGCCUCUAUUAAAAUGACUGAAUUAUAUUUUUUAUACAGUAAUAUUUCAAGAAAUGUGCCUCG